GGAGGUGAGCGGAGAGGAGCGGAGUCCGGGCGAGUGCUGCCUUCCUCGCCUUCCUCUGCCCUCUCCUUCUCUCCCGCCAUGGCGGUGGACGUGAGGCGGCUGGAGGGCCUGAGCCUUCACCAGCUGAACGAGCUGCUGGACGACGAGGAGCAGCUCCAGAGCAUGGCCAGAGAGAUGGAGGAGGCUCAAAAUGUUCAGCUUAGCAAGGACAUGACUCUUGCCAGCAACCGCAGCCUGGCAGAAGGGAAUCUCUUAUAUCAGCCGAAGCUGGAUGCCCUGAAGGCUGCAUUGACACAAAAAUAUCAAGAACUGCAGGUUAUCUUUGAAGCAUAUCAAAUAAAGAAAACAAAGUUAGACCGACAAUCCAGCAAUGCUUCCUUGGAGACCCUUCUAGCACUGCUUCAAACAGAAGGGGCUAAAAUUGAAGAAGACACUGAGAACAUGGCUGAGAAAUUUCUGGAUGGUGAAGUUCCUUUGGACACCUUCAUCGAUGAAUAUCAGAGCCAAAGGAAACUGGCUCAUUUGCGACGUGUAAAGAUAGAAAAACUCCAAGAGAUGGUGCUGAAGGGACCAAGACUUCCCCUGGUGCCACCUCAGCCAAGAGCCACUGAAACACCACCAGCAAUUCAGACUUCAGAGGCAAAUGCUACUCCUUCUGUUUUGCCUCGCCGCAAUCCUCCACCGCCACCCCUGGCGCCAGGAGUCCCGGCAGGACGCUUCCCGACUCCGUUUACAGCAGCAAUGAAUGCAGGACCAGCCCUCCCCUAUUCAGGUGUCCCAUACCCUCCACUCCCCCCUCGAACAGGAAUUCCACCUGCUACUCGAAUGCUCCCUCCAGGAUAUUCAGCUCCGUUUACCCCCCAGUACCCACCAGCGUUGCCCCAAAGACCACCGCCUCGCCUCCCACCAAACCCUGGCUUUAUCCUACAGUGAAGAUGCCAUCAUGCCCUGACUCUCGUGUUCUGGUGCUGAACUUUUUACUCUUUUAUCUCCCACAAACUAAACCUGGGUAGUGGCAAAUCUCCAGACUUUGCACACAAGAAAUCAUAGCUGACAACCUGUGCGUCAGUGCAUCCUGCAAAACAUCACCAUGUUUUGUUUUGUUUUAAAUCAACAACUGCAUAAAACACUUGCUUAGAAGGGUGGUGGGGCAGCCAAACUGUAUAUUUGAUUGUAUCCAUGUUAAGUGGGAACUUGCAUAGCUCUUAAAAGAGAUUUCAAGUCAGUGUGGAAUAACUGUGACUUCCCAAGGGAUCAUGUUUCUUUCUCUACUUGAUUUGCGCAUGAAGAACUUAAAUCUAUUUCUGCAAAAAAAAA